GGGAGGGACCUGUGCACCACACAGGUGUGGGGCAGAGGGACAGCCUGGCUCCAUGGGGGGCUGUGGGGUGUUGGGGGGUGCCCCAUGUUGCAGAACCCCCCCAUCCCAACGCUGCCGCCCCCAGGGCACGGUGCUGUGCGACAUCAUCCUCCUCAACUUCCUGAAGGGAGCCGAGCACUACAAGGCCCGCAAGUUUGAGGAGGUGCCAGAGGCCGGUGUGCCUGUGCCCCCUGCCAGCCCCACGGAGUGCCCCCCUGGGGCGCUGGGGGGCUGCAGCCGAGACAAGCAGUCCACCGACUCAGGAACCUGCUCCCUUGGCCUCUAGCCCUGGGCGCCAUGGGGCAGCCCCCCACCCCACCCCCCCAGUCCUUCCCAUGCCUGGCACCCCU